CGCUUCUUCUUUUCACUCGCCUCUCAAUUUCUCCUCUCUCUCUCUCUCCGAUUCCGGCCUCCUCGAGCGGUAGAGAGAGUGAGGGCGGGCGACGAGCUGGGAACUUUGCCAUGAUUCCAGGUAAAUAUCCAGACCAAAGGGAAAGGUUUAUUGAGAGGAGAGCAGCAUGACACAAGGCGAUCAUCACAUCUUUCUUCUUGUCUAAAGAAGGAUAACUUCCGACUGGCAUUGAUUUUUGUUGUAUGUACAAUUAGAAUAACUGGAGCUCCUUCCUUUGGCAUUUUAGCUGCCAUGCCAUUGUUCUGGGGUUAAAUCACGUUUAUGUUCAUCAAGUUGAACUCUGGUAGACGCUGUAGCUCAAAUGCCAGGAUUGAGCAUGAAGAGAAAAUCAAAUGAGGGAUGCCUAAGAUUGCACAGUGUGCAUGCUCGUCAAAGAUUAACCAGGAGAUCAGAAAAAUUCUCUUCUCAGAUCAAUACAGAGGUGGAAAUUUCUGAUCAAUGUCACCAAAUUAAUGAUGGACAGUAUUCAAAAGAAAUUAUUACCAGUGCUGCUGAGUCAGGUUCUCUGUCAAGGACAACAGAAUCAGAUGGAGCAUCCACUCUAUUUCUGAACUGGUCCUCAUUAUCACCUGAUGUUUUGUCCAUUGAAACAUUGGGUUCACUAACAACAUUCUUGACGUCUGAAGAGGAAACAAUUUUUUCACCCAAUUUUGAGGAUGGUGAUUCUCAGCUACCUAAUCAUGGUGAUGGAGUUAAAGAUGGAACUUCUGAAUUGCCUAAUUUGGUUGCUGAUGAAGGGGAUAAUGGAAUCACUGGCAUGACUGAUUAUGAAGCUUGCAGUUUGUUGGAUAUCUGCUUCUCAGAUAGUGUUCCUUCUUUACCAUUUGAUAGUUGUAUGGGAUUUCCUGAUGUUUCUUUCCAUCAUUGUGAACUCACUAACUCUGACAUACUUAUUGAUGUGGCGAAGUAUGUGCUGCUGCCAUUCCCUGAGAAGAUAAUGGAAACCAGUGGCAUUCACAGUAAUGAAUCAAUCGAAGAAAUCAUGUUGAACUCAGAUGAUGCGUGCUGUUACAUAGCAACUCAUCAAGAAUUCGACAUGAAUUGUCAAUCUGGUGAUUUGCGAGAAACCGAAUGCUUCAAUCCGCAGUUAGAUUUCAGAUUCUCGCAUCAUAUUCAAGCAAUUCCAUCUGGUUGUCCUUUACUCCCCGAGAAUGAAACACAGGAAAGGAAACCCAUAACUCUUGUGCUUGAUUUAGAUGAAACUCUGGUACAUUCUUCACUAGAGCACUGCGAUGAUGUAGAUUUCACUUUUUCAGUUUUCUUUAACAUGAAGAAGCAAACUGUAUAUGUAAAGAGACGGCCUUUCCUGCAGAUGUUCCUCGAGAGAGUGGCACAAAUGUUUGAAAUUGUUAUUUUUACAGCUAGCCUAAGCAUCUAUGCUGCACAAUUACUUGACAUACUGGAUCCAGAGCAAAGAAUAAUUUCUAGGCGCAUCUAUCGUGAAUCUUGUAUAUUUUCAGAUGGUUGCUAUACAAAAGACCUAACUAUCUUGGGGGUUGACCUAGCCAAAGUUGUCAUCAUAGACAAUACUCCACAGGUUUUCCAUUUGCAAGUUAAUAAUGGCAUUCCGAUUAAAAGUUGGUUUGACGAUCCAUCUGACCUCGCUUUGGUUCAAUUGCUUCCUUUUCUCGAGUCCCUGGUUGAUGCUGAUGAUGUUCGUCCAAUCAUCGCAAAGAAGUUUGAUAGUCUCAAACAGAGACCAACUGAGAGUCAGUGAGAAUCCAGAAAGGGAGCAUCCAAACACCAGCUUUCACAACAUGAUUUAGUCUCAUGCAACAGCAAAAGGACCACCAUAAAGUAGAGGUUCCACCACCACCAUCA